AUGACCUGUGGCCAGCGACCCACAAGCCCUGCCCUGGGCCCCUUCCUGCUGGCUGUGUUGCUGGGUGGCCCCACGCUGGCUUCAAAGAUUGUGGGUGGCCGCCCAGCCCAGCCCCACGCCUGGCCCUUCAUGGUGUCACUGCAGCGACGUGGGGGUCACUUCUGUGGGGCCACCCUCAUCAACCCACGAUUCGUCAUGUCUGCGGCACACUGUGUGGACGGCCUAAACUUCCGGUCGGUUCAGGCAGUGCUGGGCGCCCAUGACCUGCGGCAGCGUGAGGCCACACGGCAGACGUUCGCCAUCCAGAGGGUCUUUGAAAACGGCUUCGACCCCACGAGCCUGCAGAACGACAUUGUGGUUCUCCAGCUCAAUGGGACGGCCACUCUCAAUGCGAACGUACAGGUGGCCCGGCUGCCCACCCAAGACCAGGGUGUGGGCGAUGGAACACAGUGCUUAGCCAUGGGCUGGGGCCAGCUGGGCACAAACCGGCCCCCACCCCGCGUCCUGCAAGAGCUCAACGUGACCGUGGUGACGCGCCUUUGCCGACGCGCCAAUGUGUGCACACUCGUGGGUCGCCGACGCGCUGGCAUCUGCUUUGGGGACUCGGGCGGCCCCCUGGUCUGCAAUGGUGUGAUCCACGGCAUUGACUCCUUCAUCCGAGGGGGCUGUGGCUCCGGCGUCUACCCAGAUGCCUUCGCUCCCGUGGCACAAUUCUCAAACUGGAUCAACCAAAUUAUCCAGAACCAGGACAGCCAGCCCCCUCGCCACCCCAGGGACACUACAAGCAGGACCCACUAG